UAAGGGCCCAACUAUAUGGGCCUUAUGGGCAUUCAGAUGAACACGACGUCGUUUCAACUGAGCGCUUCCCUCCCUGAAACGGUAACUUGCGCUGCGUCUCCGUCUCCCUCUGCAUCUCUCUCAAUGGACCCUUACACUCCACUGCUGGAGAAAACGCGGGUUCCCCAACCGUCGCUCCAGAAAUACGCCGUGAUCUCAAUCUUCUCGAAGCUCCGAUCCGCCCCGAAGUACUUAGACUCCGACUCCGAACCCGGAAGAGAAGCCAUUUCUCAAUGCCUCCACUCCACCUCCCCCGCCGUCGUCGACCAAUCGGUUCGCGAGCUAUGCAGCCUCGUAGCGGACUCCAAAAUUGAUAUCUCCCGCGGGUUUCUGGAGCUCCAGUCCGCACUCGAAGGGUCCGCCCCGAAAUUUGUCGACCUUUUCGUCAAAGGUUUGGGCUUUUUGGUUCGGUUUGGGUUUCAGAGGAGCAAUGGCAAGUGGUCGUUUAGUUCCGCCGCGGAGACUCAUCCGUUUGUUAAGAUUCUGUCAUGCCGAUCGGAUGCUGAGUCGGAACUUGUGCAGCAGGUUUUGCUGUUUAUGGCAAAGAAUAAGCAGUUGGGAAUGGUGGCAAUAUGUGACUUCUUAAGACCGUUUUUGAAUUAUUCGAUUUUAAGGAUACCUUUCUCAGAGACUUCGGCCUUGUUUGCAAGGCAUCUAAUAUCGUCGACGGCCUCUCUUUGUUGCUCAAUUCCUCUUGAUGCACUGCCCGUCUUGAAAAUGUUGACAGACUGUCUCGUAUAUGUUCCACUCGGUAAUUCAGAAGAUUUUAGGAAUUUCAUAUAUUUUGCGGAAUGUAUGGUCGAUGCAUAUACAGUGGUUCUGAGGAAUUUGGCUGGAACUGGAUUGCUGAUCGCUGAGGCUCAUGAUUGUGGUUUGGAACUGUUUGAUAAAAUUCUUUUAAUUUCUUCAGCUGGCCACAUGCACUCUGGUUUGAUUGAGCCCGUAGUUGAAAUGUCCAAGCACUUAGUGAUUACCCAGAAAGAUAUUGGGUUGCCUUAUGUGCCUAAAGUAUCAUCAGCUAUGCUUACGUUAUUUAUUAUCCUCGUUCAGUCAGAGCUUGAGCAUGACCAACUAUCUACAUUGAAACUUCUCCACCUUCUUUUGAAGUGGAAGUAUGGAGAUGAAUAUGUUCACAGAACUGCAAGUCCUCUGAGUGAGGAGCUUUUAUUCAUAUUCCCUGUCAUUAGCCUACUGUCAUCUACUUCUAAAUAUGUCAAAGGAGUAGCAACAGAUGUGCUUGUCCUGUUACAAAAGCUCUUAGUAACAGUUUUGAUAGCACCAAAGCAUAAACCAGCAAUUGAAGCAGGAUAUCCAUCUCUAAGCACACCUGGAUAUAUUGUUUUUAGAAUCUUACAGCGUCUAUGGUUCCAGGAUCCUUCAUUGUCGAGUUUCUUCUUAAAUUUUGCUUCUAGUGGUAGAACUGAUGGCAAAGAGAUUCAUGAUGUGUCAAGAUCUUGGCCAUCUCAAUUACGAGAGUACACUUUAUGGAUUGUUGACAGACGAAAGUCUUCUCUACCUCUCUCCCAGUCUCAAGAGAGAUUCAUUACUGGAAUGCCCUUGUUACUCUGUGCAAUUGCUGGGGUUUUAGUGAUGCAUGAGGUACUUGGGAGUACUGCUUUAGAUUCAUUUGCUGCCAUUGCUACUAUGGAUCCUAAAGUAGGAGCUCAACUAUUGCUGGCUAUCCUAUUUUACAAUAACAUAUUCACUAGAAAAGAUAUAAGUCGCUGUGGUAUGUUGCCCAAACUUUUGACAACGCUUCCAGCACCUGCUUCACAUUCUAUGAUGAUUCCUGUUGUUGUUCAGACUAUCUUGCCAAUGCUUCAGAAAGAUGCUAAACCAACUUUGUAUGCGACAGCCAUACGUUUACUUUGCCAGACUUGGGAGACCAAUGACCGUGCCUUUGGGAGUUUGCAGGGAGUGUUGCUUCCAAAGUUGCUCACUGAAUUAAAGUCCGAGAGAGACAUAUGCAUCAGUAUGGCCGCAUCAAUUCGGGAUGUUUGCAGAAAAAAUCCUGAUAGGGGUGUGGAUCUCAUCCUGUCUGUUUCGGCUUGCAUUGAGAACAAAGAUCCUAUAAUUCAAGCUCUUGGUUUUCAAAGUCUUGCCCACCUUUGUGAAGCUGACGUAAUUGAUUUUUAUACAGCCUGGGACGUCAUCACAAAGCAUGUUCUGGAUUACCGUGCAGAUUCAGUUCUUGCUCAUAGCGUUGGCCUUCUUCUGAGGUGGGGUUCAAUGGAUGCUGAAGCACAUCCUGAAGUCUCAAAGAAUGUCUUGCAAAUCCUGUGGAGUGUUAGCUUGUCUGCUCACCCUGGUCUGGAGUCACAAUGGGAAAAGGCAAGGGUCUCUUCCUUAGAGGCCUUAGCACAAUAUGAGAUAUCAUAUAUUGAACAAAACAUUCAAGAUUUCAAGAACAUGAGCACAGAGUUACUUUUCUCUGAAGCAAAUAUUACUGUACUCAGGGCUUUGGAAGAACUUCAAGUCAAGGUCAUAACUUACGAGCAUCUUACAAGGCGAAGAUUAGUCAAGGAGAAAAGAGUUUUAGGAAGUAAGAUUGAGAAGCUACUGGAUGUGUUUCCACAGGUGAUCUUUUCUUCAGGGAAAAAAAGUAACGCUAGAGAGCUACCUGGUGCAGCCCUGCUAUGUCUUUCCUUUACUCCUAAAGAUGUAAACACCGUAAGGACAUCAAGGGGAUUCCGAGAUACACAUGCUGGAUAUGAGAAGGCAUUGGUGGAACUAGCUUCAUCCAUUCAGCUUUCAAGAAAUAUUUUUGUUGCCCUUAUUUCACUCCAAUCUUGGAAGUCCUUUGUGCGACGUUGGCUGGGGGCGGAUAUCUUAUCCUUUGAUAAUCAAAUCUCCUCUGUUGUCUUGGAUAAAACUGCUAAAGCUGCUAGUGACAUUCUGAAGAGUAUGAUAAAAGCGGCAGAAGAGGCUAUUCCUAGAUCUGCUGAAAAUAUUGCACUGGCUGUUGGUGCACUUUGUGCGGUCUUGCCUCCAUCUGCUCAUACUAUUAAAUCAGCUGCCUCAAAAUUUCUGUUGAAGUGGUUGGUCCAGCCUGAACAUGAACACCGCAGAUGGACUGCUGCGAUUUCUCUUGGAUUGAUCUCAAGUUGCCUACAUGUAACUGAUCAUAAGCAAAAGUUUGAGAAUAUCACUGGACUUGUCGAGGUUAUGUGUAGAAGCAGUAGCACCCUUGUUAGAGGAGCUUGUGGGGUUGCCUUGGGGUUUUCUUGCCAAGAUCUUCUGACCAGGGUUGAUGCUGCUGGUAAAUCUGACAUGGAAAAGGAAACAGGCAAGAUGUCGGAAACAGACUUGCUUGGUAUGAUAGUUAAGGCAUUAUCCCUGGUGAUAGGUCAGCUCACUCAGUUUCCAUCUGAUGUUUUGGAAAGUCUGUCUGCAUAUUUCCCACCUAGCACUUUUGGUAUAGAUGUGAAUACAACUUCUGAACUGUCACAUGAGAACUCUGAUGACUUCCUCGAAGAUAUCUGGGGUGUUGCUGGACUUGUUCUUGGUUUGGCGAGUACUGUUGGUACAAUGUACAGGACUGGGGCACAUGAUGCUGUUCUUAAGAUAAAGGGCUUAAUUGUUUCAUGGAUUCCACAUAUGACUACUCUGGUUCAAGGGUCUGGAUCUUGCUCUCGGGGUUCUGAGAUAGUCUUAUCAGUAGGGUCCUGUCUUGCACUUCCAAUUAUAGUGGAGUUCUGUCAAAGAGUAGAACUGAUGGAUGAUAAUGAAGUACAUCUUUUAGUGAAUGGCUAUAAGGAGCUCAUUUCUGAAUUGGUCUCUGUCAAAAAAUAUGGGACCUUCUAUCAAAGUUUACUGAUGUCAUCUUGCGUAGGAGCCGGAAACCUUCUAGCCUGUACACUGAACGGAGGGUUGCACUUUAUUGAGGUUGAACAUGUAAAAGGUCUACUGGAAUUGUUCAGAAAAUGCUAUUCAAAUCCUUAUCCUCCUUUAGUCCAUUUGGGUGGGAUGCUUGGACUUGUUAAUGCUCUAGGAGCAGGUGCUGGGAUCCUGUUUGACAUGCAGCCUCCAACCUCAGUGCAGACAGCUUAUGACCACAAGGAAUCUUGCUAUCUCAUGGGUCCUCUACUUUCAAGUCCUACUUGUGAGCAGUAUUUGACAUCGUUGAUGCAGGAUUUGUUUCUUGUUGCACAGAAUUCUGAUGAUCGUCAAUUGCAACAUUAUGCUGCAUGGGCAGUUUCGUUUCUUCGAAAUCAUUUGUUUACCAAGGAAGUUGUCAAUGUUGACAAUAGUAGCAAUACUGAUGCAGGUGGUUCAAAAUCUAUUUCCCAAAGUUUUGCAGAUGACAGUUCAGUUUUGAAGCUUUCUUCAUGGCUGAUGCAUCUCACUUCUAGCGGGACAGGCAAUGCCCCUCAUGUUUGCACAGUAGUGACUGUGAUAAGGUGCCUUUCACAAGCUCCUAGGCUGCCAACCUUGGAUUGGGGUGCUAUCAUCAGACGCUGCAUGAGAUACGAAGCUCAGGUUGCUAAGUUGUUUCCAACAGACGUAUCUCUUGAAAAGGGAUCCCUUAGGGAGGAAUGUGUAAAGUUCUCAUUGGUUCAUGCAAAUAAGUUUGAUCCACUUCUAAGUUUCCUUGAUGAGCUGUCUGACUUGUCCAGAUUCAGAACACUUGAGUUAAAGCUGCAAUCUUGUAUUCUUGGUCAUCUUGUAGAUCUCGUCAAAGUAUUCUCAGGUUCAAGGCUUGAGAAAAUGUUUGAUGAUGUCUGUAGCUACUUCUCUUCAUUUACUUCAUAUCAAUCAUAUGACACCAAUGAGACAAGCUUAUUACGGAUUUCAUGCUGGAAGGGUAUCUAUCAGUGUUUAGAUGAAGCUUCCCUUGACUCUCUAGAGUACAUAUCUCACAUAGAAAAUUGCUUGGAGGUGCUCUUUUCCUUGAUGCAUGUGACGCAGUUAGCUGCCACAGCAGGAGAGCAUUUCGUAGAGGAGUGGUCUGAAGCAGUUAGGUGCUUUGGGAAGGCUCGUAAAAGUUGGUUGUUGAACUUCCUGCAGGUUACCCAGGAGGACUUGCAGCAAAAAGAUGGACAACUUAUUCAAGUUCUGAAAAAGCUUCAAACCAAAGCUAAGCUAGUUAGCGUUGGCUCCAUCCCAUUGACUGAGCUGGGAAGGUUAAAGUCUUUGAUAUUGAACACUCAAUCAAAUGGUAUUUGGGAUGUGCUCAUUGAAGUUGUAGCAGCUUUGCAACAUGCAGAUGGAAGUGUCAAAAGACAGUGGCUUGUUGAUGCAGUUGAAAUCAGCUGUGUAUCGACUUACCCUUCCACGGCGCUACAGUUUCUUGGAUUGCUAUCUGGUAGCUGGAGCAAAUAUAUGCCUCUUCUGAUUCUGGACCAACAUGCCGUGCUGAGCGAUUUACCAGUCACCCUAUCCUCUCUUCUCUCAGACUCUAGUUGGGGAGGAGUUGUGGAAUUCAUCGUUCCUUCUCUUUUAGCAUCGACAGAACGCAUUUACAAUUGGACCACACAUAUCAAGCGGGGUGAGGAUGUCCCGCCUGACAUGCAACCCAUCGACAAAAGUGAGAGUUCCACGGCAGUUUUCCUACUGAGAGUAAUGCAUAGCACCUGUGUAUCUCUGAAGCAUUACCUGCCUCUCGAGAAGCAGCUUCAGCUUGCCAAUAUGGCGGUUGCUUGACAUAUGAGACCGACAUUGUCUGUUAACCGUUGCGGCUGUGCAAGCCAAAAUGAGAGUUGUCAGCAAUCUGAUGUUUCUCUUUCUGGAAUCACGUCGGCGUGCCGCUCAUUUUCUGUGUAUCAAAAGGGGUGGCAUGGAAAACUGCCGUUUGCCUAUUUAUCAGAUCCCGCGGUACCCGAAAAGAACAAGACUUGCUACUGAAUUUUCAGCAGCCACUCCUGCUUACACCCAAUCCCGGGUGGACACGUCAAAACUUGGACACGUGUUCACACGGGAUUGGGUAUAAGUAGGAGAGGCUGCUGAACACCCGAAAAAAACUCCCUGAAAUCGACCAACGGUGAUGUGUGGCGACCGAAAGACUAAUGCCGUGGAAUUGGUCUUAAUAUAUGAAAGCUCUGUGCGCGCAGCAUGGAUGUUGGUGGUUGCUUUUCAAUGCUAAGUAAUAUUUUUCUCUUUCUCCAAAUUAUUGCCAAACGAUAAAAGUGCGUAAUGGUUAGUCUUCUCGUCUCUUUCACCUGAGUUCGAAUCUUCUUUUUGACGCAGUGUAAAUUGUUAAGAGUAAACUGCCAUUUAUGAUUUAUCCCCUCAAACGAUGACGUUAGAUAGUGUCAAUUUUUCUUUAAACUAUUUUUUCAGCCAAUUUACCCCCUCAGUAAUCACACGUGGAGGGAGUUCGUCAAAUGCUUGUAAUCCGAAAACUCAAUAUUUCCAACAAAAAAACGAUUGGCCUA